AUGUUCACCAAAAAGAAGUACAGUCGCAAACAAACGCGACGUAAACCUCUGAAACGGAGAGUUAUACGGAGGAAGCAAAUCUUGCGGCCCAAAGAUGAUCCUUUUCCUUACGAAAAGCCCUCUUUCGAUGCUUCAGGUGUUGCAAGUUACGCCUGGAUGAACGUCACUUCAGGCUGUCUGAAUAAAAGCUUAUUCGAAUCUCCAAAAAUUGGGAUUGCGCCUUCAUUGAGACAAAUUUGCGCAAAGGCUUUGGCCGCAAAUGCCGACAGUAUAUGUCCCUCUUACUUGAAAGAAGCAUCUUGGGAGUGCUGGCAACUAGUCUGGGAAAAUAUUUUGCAACAGGGGAUGGAUCUGCCAACCUUAUUCCGUAGUUUUGCAGCAGCUUUUGGAGGAGAGUCCUCCUUUCGGAGCCAUACACCCGUGGAAGGUAUCAUUGAACGGGUUCAUGGAACUAUAGCUGAUAGAAAACGAUCUGCUCUCCUAACAUGUCUAAUUCCCACUAAUCUAAAGCAUCGCUUGGAGAAUGUAUUCUCGAACGUUUCUGUGUUUGACUUUUCUGCAUUCGUGGGUACCCUUCGGGAUUCUUGCACAAUUAUUGAUUGUUCCAGAAUGCCUGUCUUCACAUCUUCUCAGCUAUUAGCUUUGUGCAACAUACCCACUGUUAAAGCUAUCGAUAUUUCUUACAAUCAGGCGGUUGAUGAUCAAUUUUUGUACACUUUGAAUACCUGUCUUGUGACGAGAAAGUCCCAGUUGAAGCUCAUUAGGGUGUGUGGUUGCAAUGCUGUCACAAAUAGGGGUAUUAUGGCACUUCUAGAGGCUCGCGAAGAAUCUCUGCUUAUUUAUAUCGAGACGAAUAAUCGUCUCGCAACAGAAUCGAUGUUCAUUUCGAGGUUUAUGGCAGAGCUGGAUCUCUCUGAUGAUGCCCCGAUUCCAGGUACCAGAUGGAAGGCAAUAACCAGCGAUAAAAGUAGCUUCACUGUGUUGGGUAGAUGUUCCUUAGCAAUGAAAAUUCACUUUCUUCUGCGUGUAAAAAGGUUCAUCGAUGUGCCAGACCUUUUAUGGGAUUUUAAGUUUUUUGAUAAGGUGGCAGGCCACGAUACCACAACGGAAGAAUUCCAUGACUCAGCUUGGCGAUUACGACUGCAAUUUGCUAAUAUGAGAAAGACUGAUAUCCCUUACAUGUAUAUUAAAGAUGAAGAUAUGACUGUUGUGCCCCGUCUUGUCAAUCCACAGAAGCCUAAAAUAUCUGCUCAUCCAGAAUUGAAAGCUCUGGUCUCGGGAAGUAACUCAAGUGGGCGAAAAAUGAAACACGUCAAAACAGAUGCAAAUCUGUUUUUCUUUGGUGCAUAA